GACUCGCCAUUUUUAUUACGUUUUUACGUUUUGGAGUUGACAUGCAUUCGUAUUCGCAUAAAACGGAGACGAGGGACCCUUCUUUGUUGCUGUCGCUGCCAAGCUGUAGGGUGAGCAGACUGAGCAGAGAAAGCUGACGGUAGGUGGCGCUAACUUAAGAAACCUGAUCCGCCAGGUCCACGACAACUGUGUCUCAGUUUGCACCAGUCGCAAAGGAGGUAGCGGAGCCGAGCAGUUGAAGGACAUCAAAUGAAACAAGAGAGCUUCCAGCGGCUCCUCUUGAGUUUUGCGCGUAGUCUGUCCUCCCCACCCGGAGACAGUGCGUUUUGAAAACAUGGAAGACAAAUCUAAUUCAUUCGCCGGCAACAAAGAGGAGAAGGCGGAUGGGAAUAACAUGUGUCAGAGGCAAGACUCCAUACUGAAGAACAACAUGGGGAGCCAGAACAUGAAAGACCACGGGAACUCUGUGGGUGUAAAGGGGGAUCGAGAAGAAGCCAUGGUCGGUUUCGAUGAUAUAGAUGCAGCAGCCAGGCAAAACACUUUCAUGCAGCGGCAGUUUGGAGCCAUGAUGCAGCCCGGGGUGAAUAAGUUCUCCCUGCGGAUGUUCGGCAGUCAGAAAGCCGUGGAGAAAGAACAGGAGAGGGUUCAAACGGCUGGAUACUGGAUCAUUCAUCCCUAUAGCGAUUUUAGGUUCUACUGGGACUUAGUAAUGCUCGUCAUGAUGAUGGGAAAUCUAAUCAUCAUUCCUGUUGGAAUAACAUUCUUUUCCGAAGAGACCUCCACCACCUGGCUAAUAUUCAAUGUGGCGUCAGACACCAUAUUCAUGGUGGACCUGGUCAUGAACUUCCGCACGGGGAUUGUCAACGAGGACAGCUCCGAGAUCAUCCUGGACCCCAAAGUCAUCAGGAUGAACUACCUGAAGAGUUGGUUUGUGGUCGACUUGCUGUCCUCCAUACCAGUGGAUUAUAUAUUUCUAAUAGUGGAGAAAGGGUUUGACUCCGAGGUGUACAAGACUGCCCGCGCACUGCGAAUUGUGAGGUUUACCAAAAUCCUCAGUCUCCUCCGCCUGUUGAGACUGUCUCGACUCAUCCGAUACAUUCAUCAGUGGGAGGAGAUUUUCCAUAUGACCUAUGACCUGGCCAGUGCGGUGGUGAGGAUCUUUAAUCUCAUCGGGAUGAUGCUGCUGUUGUGCCACUGGGACGGCUGUCUGCAGUUCCUCGUGCCUCUCCUGCAGGACUUCCCCCCAGACUGCUGGGUGUCCCUAAAUGGCAUGGUGAAUGAUUCCUGGGGUAAGCAGUACUCCUAUGCCCUCUUCAAAGCCAUGAGCCACAUGCUGUGCAUCGGGUACGGUGCCCGCGCGCCCGUCAGCAUGUCGGAUCUGUGGAUCACCAUGCUCAGCAUGAUCGUGGGCGCCACCUGCUACGCCAUGUUCGUGGGCCACGCCACCGCCCUCAUCCAAUCUCUGGACUCAUCAAGACGGCAAUACCAAGAGAAGUAUAAGCAAGUGGAGCAAUACAUGUCCUUCCAUAAGCUUCCUGCAGACAUGCGGCAGAAGAUUCAUGACUACUACGAACAUCGCUACCAGGGCAAGAUCUUUGACGAGGACAACAUUCUCAGUGAGCUCAAUGACCCCCUCAAAGAGGAAAUCGUUAAUUUCAACUGCCGUAAGCUGGUGGCCACCAUGCCCCUGUUUGCCAAUGCGGACCCCAACUUUGUGACAGGGAUGCUGAGUAAGUUGAAGUUUGAAGUCUUCCAGCCCAACGACUACAUCAUCCGUGAGGGGACCGUGGGGAAGAAGAUGUACUUCAUCCAGCACGGUGUAGCCAGCGUCAUCACCAAAGUCAGCAAGGAGAUGAAGCUCACCGACGGCUCUUACUUCGGAGAGAUCUGCCUGCUGACGAAGGGCAGGCGUACGGCCAGUGUCCGCGCCGACACCUACUGCCGCCUCUUCUCACUGUCCGUGGAUCACUUCAACGAGGUGCUGGAGGAGUACCCCAUGAUGCGCCGCGCCUUCGAGACCGUGGCCAUCGACCGCCUGGACCGCAUCGGGAAGAAGAACUCGCUCCUGCUCCAGAAGUUCCAGAAGGAUCUGAACGCCGGCGUCUUCAACACCCAGGAGAACGAGCUCUUGAAGCAGAUCAUCCGUCAGGACCGGGAGAUGGUGACGAUGGUGGACCGCAAGCAGUCAGUCACGGGACUGAACUCAACACCGAUGUCUGGAAACUCCAUCAUUAAUUCUCCGGCGCAGCCGCCCUACGCUGCCGCGCUCCAGCACUCCGCCCCCAUGACCUACAGCGCCUCGGCCACCAUCGCCCCCACCGCGCGUCUCAUGGCCGCCUCCAUACAAGGCAUCUUCCCCGCGCCCAGCGUCUCCAUUGGCAACCUGAACUCAGCUUCUCCCAUCCCGCAGACACCGCUGCAGCAGCAGGGGGCAGUCAUGUCGCCGUGUUCCUUCACCGCGGCAGUGUGCAGCCCUCCGGUGCAGACCCCACUCUCCGCCAGAACCUUCGCGUAUGGCUCCCCCACCGCCUCCCAGCUCUCCCUCAUCCAGCAGCCCCUUCCCACCCAGCAGCAGCUUACGAUGCAGUCAUCACCCUCCACAUCCUCACAACUGCAGCUGCAGCAGCAGCAACUACAACUACAACAACAACAACAGCAACAACAACAACCACCACCACCACCACCCCAGCAGUCCCAGCAGCAGCCAUCGCAACCACAGGUGCCCUCCCCCCAGCGCAGCGACGUCCACAAGAGCACUCAGGCCCUGCAGUCGGGCAGCCUGAGCCGAGACGUGCGCCACCUCUCCGCCUCCCAGCCCUCCCUGCCACAUGACACCUCGCUGGUGACGCGGCCCGUGCCUCCGGCCUCAGGCGAGUCUCUCGUGGCGCUGCCCCCUCAGGCGGGCUCGGCCGCAGGGCCUCAGGCUCCGGGCUCGGCACUGCAGGGGGGUAUCCGCAGCACCGUUCCCCAACGGGUCAGCCUGUUCCGCCAGAUGUCGUCUGGAGCACUGCCGCCAGCGCGCACAGCGCCCCCUGCUGCUCAGCACAGGGAUUCCACAGGCUCCAGAAGAGAAUCGGCAGUCUUAAGCAGCACAGAGACAGAACAAGACAAGAUGCGGUUUACGUCAAAUUUAUGAUCCGAUUUUCAUUUCCUCUUUUUCCUCUUUUUUUUAAAUAUGUUUUAAUUCAUUUUUAUGGAGAUAUAUGAAAAAGAAUACCAGACUUGAGAUUUUUUUCUUUUUUUCUCCAAACUUUAAAAAAAAGGAAAACCUCAUAGACAUAUGAGGAAAACCUCAUAGACAUAGUGUACAGACUGCCCUUGUAUUAUAUUUUAGACACAUCUCCCCUUCAACUUAAGAAUGUAUAUUAAGUGAAUAUAUAUGUGUACAUCCAACUAGAAUAUUUGGCAUUGACUAUUUAAAAACUAGUAUAAACAUGAGUCUUCCUUUCUGAAAUAUAUGAACACAUACAGUACAUAAGAAGAAGAGUUCCUUUUUAUUUUCGGUUUUGUUUGUCUUUUGUUUUUGUAACUGGAAUGCAACAUGAAUCCUGACAUUGACUUUUUGAUUAUCAUUUUUUUUAUCUGAAAGAAGAUGACAAAAUAAGUCCUCACUUUCUGCGGCUUUGGCAUCACUGUGGAAACAACAGCAAAUUCAAAAAUGAACACAAGCAAACCUGGAAAUCGUCAAAAAGCACACAUGUUUAAAGUCAAUAUUCUGGUACAGUAUAUACCCUCUCCCUCUGCAUUCAAAGCAUACUGUCACUUACCAGCAGCAUUUCCACACCUGACUCUAUAUAUAGAAAAAGAUAGAAAACCUGGGACUUGAAAAGCCUACCUAAAAAAAAUGUGUUGUUAUACCAUUACUAUGAGCAAAUCAGACUAUAGAUUCCAUACGUAUUUGUGUAGACCGCCUUUUGUAUUGUCUGAGUAAAGGACAGCGGAUUAUGCGUGGAUGCUAGGACAGCUUAGUAUGAGGAGGGAACCAGAAUUUUGCAGUGUUCUUUGAGUGAGACUACCUACCCGAGCUGUGGUAAAAGAACCUCUCAAGACUGUCGGACUUCAGUCCAACAGCUUGUGUCGUUCAAGUGUGAAGGUUAAGGUUUAGAAACGAGUUUAUCACCAACAGUAUUUGUUGUCUCCUAACUUAGCUUGUUAGCUUCCAUUGUCGAUAUGUUUCAAGUCACAGGAUUUCUGUUUUUAUUUUUCCCAAAUAGAGAAACACUGAUAUUCAUGUCUCUUGAAAUUAACAGGAAUUGACAGUAUGCCGCAGAUAGGGAUUGCAUUGAAAAUAACUUGAAUAUCAUUUUGAAGUACAGUACAAACACAGAUUUGGGGAAAUCUGGGCAAUAAUGCAGUGAGGUAAAUUGAGUGAACCACAGGUGCUUGUGAUGACAGUUGCAAUAUUUUCUGUGGCGCGGUGAGAGUGUGUCCAAGCCGUGGCAGUGUUACGGGUCCAAAGGGAAUCUGAUCAAUUUUGCUGCUUUUUUCUGUGGAAAUGAAGACGUGUGCAAGAAGGAUGGAGAGCGGAUGAUGCUGUUUAUCUCUUCUGUUUGUUCCUUCUGUUCUUGUUUGUAUUUUUAUUCCUGAUUUCUGGCCGUGAUGGACAUUAUGUAACGUUGCUUAAUGACUGUGUACAUUUAUAAUAUUUAUAAACUAAAGAUUAUCACCAUUAUGCAAUAGACUGUGAUAUAAAGAUAACUAUAUGUGUGUUGUAAAUAGUUUUGUAGGUCUAGUAUUUACAAAAUAACGUGUGGUGCAUUCUCAAUCAUGGCAACGUCUUACUUCUAUCAGGAACCCGGAUAUCAUCUAUAUAUGCAUAUUAACUGAAAAGGUAAUAAGAUAAAAACACAAAAAAAUUAUCAGAGAUGAGCAAACCUUAAUGCAAUUUAGAAUGUCGCUUGACACUGAGAAGAUGCCACCUCUCAAAGUGAAACUAAACAGCUUCCUGUCUAGAAAACCCUGAGGCAGUCUGCCCCUCUUAGAAUGCUUCACAUGCUUGGACCUUUCCACUUGGUUUGGCAGCCUAGACACGCCCUACUCAAUCUGAUGAGUCACUCUUGUCAGUCUGUACAGAUUGGCAUGGAAUUACUUUUCUCUGGAGAUAGAUUUUCAUUUUGGAGACCUUUUCUUCAACAUUAGACAUCGGACAUAAAUUGUGUUCAAAUUGUGUUAAUUGUAAACAUUUGCUACAUAUCCUGGAAGUAAUAUACAUAUCUUACACUCAGAAGAACACUCUUUUAACAUUCUUUAAAAACCCACCGCAACCCAUCACUUACCUAGCUUUCUGAGUUGACACCACAUGUUGUUACUGUUCUCCUUUUUUGUUGUGCUUUCAAAUCUGUUUAAUCUAUUUUACUUUUGUUCAGUAUUUCAGUAUGCAUUAUUUUCAGCAAAACCAAUUCAAGAAAUGCUUCCUUCUUCAUAGAAUGAUAGGUGACGACUGACAGUGCAAUACAGUAAUACCCGGUACUCCAGCUGAACCUGAAUCACAAAACUGUAAAAGUUUGAACUUGUUUAUAUGUUGAUUAUGUGUGCGUUAAUCUUAUGUGCUUUUUUUGUUCAUUUGUUUGUUUUCUGAUGGGGCCAUAUGGUGUAAUGCGUUGGCUUACUGCUAUACUAAGAUGCCUGUCCCAGGAAGGAGGUUAAUGGAAUUCCUUGUAUGUUUUGUAUUCUUUGUAAAUUUUCUCAUGUGAUUUGCCUUUCAAUGUCUUUUUCUACUCUCCUUUUCCAAUGAUUGCUUUAUCAGUGACUCAUUUGUGUAUGACUGCUUUAUGUGUUCGUGUGGACAGGAUCUGCUGUCUUUGUCCCCACGAUCAGAAAUAUAGAGGAUGGUUCUAUAUAUAACUGGAUUUGCUAUGCUUGUUGCUACUAUAUUGCUUUGCUGCACAAUAUAAAGCGUAACAUGUUCCAGAAGCACACACUGUCUGUAUAGAACAUGUCUACUGGGUAUUACUGUAUUGUAGCAUUUUCAGGAGCUGAAGCUGCAUCAUAAUGAGCCUCAUUUUAGAUUCCCCAUAGUCAAUUUCAAGAAAGGUGCAUUUCGCAAGUCAGUUAUAUUAAAAAAUGAUGAGCAGAUAUUUUAAAAGGCAAAAAAAAAUAUUUCCAAUGGAGGUUAUCUCCAGAGCUGAAAGGUACAGCUGGUUUGCAUUAAGGUUUCUCUUGUCCAUGUGUGUGUGUGUGUGUGUGUGUGUGUGUGACUUCAUCCUGUCUGGGUCUUGAGAUUCUGAGCUGACUCGCUGAUAUGGUGUAAAAAGUACGACACCUUGAUCCUGCAAAGGUCAGAGCCCUCAGUAAAGAGAUUGCUGUUGGUCAGCUGACCUCUGAGCUGGUUAAAUGCAAUCAUAAAAUCUUAAAAGAAAAUAAGCCCCUGCAAAUUCCUGGACAUGGCACCAAAUUACUGAUGCAUAAUUUAAACCCAUCAUGGGAGGUUGUGCAUCAUGUGAAAUCAGUGUGGUCUGUCAGUAUGACUGCAUUGCAGUGUGGUCUGUGAAUAUGACUUAUUCGCUUGUUUUGGAGUGGAUGAAUAUGAUGUCCUGGUGUCCUCGUGUACAGCGUAUCACAUUAGAUACAAAUCCAGCUCAGAGUUUCAAAGGCUGUAGAAAAAAAUCAGUUGAGCAAAAUACAGUACCCACUUGUGUCAAUAUUGUAUCAAUACAGCCAUCCACCCACAUCAUAAAAGCAUGCAUUGUCACAAAUACUUAAAGAGAAACUAUUUAAAAUGUUGAAGUUAAAUGUAUUGUGAGAUUAUGAUUUUGUUCUCUGUCUACCUAGGCAUUAUUUGUGUGUAUCGGAAGCAUUGAAUUUUCACAGGAGGACAUUCUUAAGUAUUUGUGCCUAAACUAUAGCCAUGUUUCAUCCUUUUUUGUUGUCUGUGAGCUGUGUGCCCGCACGCACACAUAUAAAGAUGAUAUAUGUUCAAUGUUUUGAAAGAAUGGUGGCUUGCAGAUGAACUGGCCAAAUGUGUCAGAGUGAAGUGAAUACAAUACUCACUUAGAAGCUCUUGAGGAAUUUUGGUUGACAUUGGUUGACAGAGUGAUCUGUCCCAGAUUAGUAGAAAGAGAGAAGUGAAGAGAUGAAGUAAGUACAGCUUUUACACUGUCUAAAGUCUGUGUGCGCAGUACAGACUGUGUCUUUCUGGAGCACCGUCAUACCUUUUGUUGUAGCCACUGAUGUCUGGUUGGAUAUAUUGUUAUGUGGAAUGAAAACUGGCCAAAGCAAAACAUUCUAAGUAACUUUAUUCAUUUUGAAUUGCACUUUCUGACUUAAAACAGGCAGAGAUUCAAUAAAUGACUCUGCAUUUAUAGUUUAAGUUGAUAGGCUAAUUAAGGAGAAAAUUGAUCUAGUUUCUGACCCUCCCAUCUUUUGUGGCACUUUGAAUGGGGGGGCCCAUGUUUGAAUUACAACGUCGAGUGCUUAACCUUGCUAUGCCAUAGUGUAUAGGGACUAGUAUACAGUUUCAGUUGGAUGGCAGUACUGUUGGUAUCUGCUGAUUUUGAUACUAGCCUUCACAGGGGAUUGCAUCCCAGUCAUGUGCUUUCAUCCACGAUUCCGACCACCGCUAGCUAGCAAUUGGGACAGGGCCUUCUAGGGCAAGAAACACACUUAGCUAAAUAAAAACAGUAAAGCAGUCAAACAAAUAUGGAAGCAUUCAAGAAACCAGCACAUAUAUUUAUAUGUUUGAUUUUUUUUUUUUACUUUUACUGUUUCUUUUUUUUCAAUGAUGCAAAGAGAAUAAAGAACAUCGAGUAGAAAAGGGAAACUGAAACAACCUCUACAUUUGCAGGUGAAAAGAUUAUUUCAAAUGUUUACGGAUGCUAUGUUUGUGUAACAGAGAGAAAGUGUGCGCGAGAGAGAGACAUGCUAUUACAAGCCACAAGCUCUUAUUAAACUCUACUGACAUUAUCAUUGUGCUCCUUUUAUGUAAACCAAGGCUUGGAUAAAUGAACAAUUAGUUGGUUACUUGAUUCAGAAUAAGGAAAGAUAAAAAAUGUAUACUUUCUUACAAUCUAUAUGCAGACAAACGGUGUUUGUCAGAAAUUAUUUUGAUUUUGUUUUAUUUUUUUCUGUUUGUACAUAAUAAACCUUUAACAUAUAGAGAAAAAAUAAAGAAAUAUUGUCAUUUA